AUGAAAGGAAACAGAAGAAAGAAUGAAAAAGAAAAGAAAGAGAAAGAAAAGAAGGAAAAUGAGGAGAAGAAGGAAAAAGAGGAAAAAGAAAGAAAAGAUAAGAUAGAGAAAGAAAGGAAGGAGAAGGAAAAAGAAAGAAAGGAAAAAGAGGAGAAAGAUAGAAAGGAAAGAGAAAGAAAGGAGCAUGAGGAAAGAGAAAGGAAGGCAAGACAGGAGAAAGAGAAGAAGGAAAAAGAGGAGUUACAGAAAAAGAAGGAAGCAGAGGAGAAACAAAUAGAUGACGAGAAACAUAUAAAGGAAAAGGAAAAUCAGAAGUCAAAGACUGAGGAAAAUGAAAGGAAGGAAAAAGAGGAGAAAGAGACAGAAAAGACAGGAAGAAAUUAUGAAAGGGAAGUAAAAGGGAAAAAAUGAGAAAAAAAGUAAGAAAAGGGAUGAAAAACUAAAAGAGUGUGAAAAGAAGAAUAAGAAUGAGAAAGACAAAGAC